UUUAUAUGGGGGAGUCCUGAUAAGACAUGUUGAAUGUGAUGAAUUUAUUUGUUGGAUGCAGACUGAGGUCCGUUUUAUUUAUUUAUUUAUUUUCCGGAUGACUGGAUAGAGACUAACGCCUGUAGGUGGCAACCAUACCUCAUCAACAAUUGAAUCACACCCGCAUACACACACACACACACACACACACACACACACACGCAUAAAAGAUCACAUCAGAUCUGCGUUUUCUUAUGCGUCAGUGCCAUUGAUCCAUAGUAAUUAACGACCGCCGGGUGAUUUAAAUGAGGAGAUGGACGCGCAGGCAAAGUGCUCAAAGUUAAAGUGGUCCGGAGGGGGUUGGUGGGCAUACGUCGGCAUCACGCCUACAACACAUGCGCGCACCUACCACCUUACACUUACAACCACGAGCGUGACUCACAUACACGCACCCGCACGCACCCGCACCGCACGCACGCAGAUCUGGAGACCCGUGAUUUUUUAACGCGCUCGCUAUUCAAGUCAUGGACUGCAGAGAGCGGGGGAACCAUUAAGGAAGCCGGUGGCCAAAAAAAAAAAAAAAAAAAAGCAAGGCUUUAUUUGCAACACACGGAUGAUGCUGCCGCCACACCACCACCCGGAUCGGACACACUCUCUCCCUGACAAGCGGAAUUAUUACUAAUAGCCGCGCUUAUCAAUCAAUAAUAGCUUUGGGGGUGGAGUGGCAUCCAGUGGAUUCUUGCACCCUCUACUUGAUAGAAAAUACUGUAUGCCAUAUGCUCUCUGCGAUUUUUUUUUUUAGUGCAGCCUAUGGCAACCCAUUUGUCCUGAUGCGACGCGUGUGAUGGUUGCAGUGGGACGGAUAUCCUUAAUUUUAUCCAAUAGGCGUUCUCAAGGAUCUUUUUUUUUUCUAUCUUUUUUUUUUUUGUAGGACGCUUCUUCUUCUUCUUCUUCUUCUUCUUCUGCACCCCUUUCUGCACUGACCUUAUCAAGCAUGCUUUAAAUAAAUAAAAAAUAAAUAAAUAGGUAACUGUUAAUUGUCCACUGCUGAGCUUGUGUUCAUUUGUUCGGAGAAACAGUCUGACUGCUGAUUCCAGAAGAAUUACUUCACUUUUCUUUAUUUUGAUUUGAUUUUUUUUUUUCAGGGAUUUUAACAGGAAACCACCGGUGGGAGUCAAUUUGGACUGGCUUUCUUUUUCUUUUUUCUUUUUUUUCUUUUUUUUUUUUGAUUGGGGGGUUGAGAACGAAGGGCCUAUAUACUGACUUGAUCCCCACAAACCAACCAACCAAACACCGCCACUAACCCCCCCUCAUCAAAAACUCUGCAGGAUUUCCUCCUCCUCAGUCCAGAGGAAUAUCUUCCAAGUCCAGUGGGUUACCGCUGCUCCUCUGAGGGGAAGGCUUUUCUCUUCUUUUUUUUUGUUCUCUCUCUCUCUCUCCUUCUUCUUCUUCUUCCUCCAUCGCCGCUCAUUAUUACAUCCAAGGGGAAUGGUGGCCGCACCGCAGAUCCACGCAACUCUUUUUGAAUGUUUGGCAUUUUUCGCAGGCGAGCAUCUUGACUUGUGAUCGAGAGAGAGAGAGAGAGAGAGAGAGAGAGAGAGAGAGAGAGAGAGAGAGAGAGAGAGAGGGAGAGAGAGAGACGCGGACUGCAGCACCCUCCAAUCCCUUUCACAUGGAGAUUUGUGCCUCGGUCGUACUGCAAAUCUUGAAAACGGGGACCGGGGCCCUGCUGAUUUUUCCUCCACUGCUCUCAACCCCGAUUUCAUUUAUUCGAGAAAAUGCAGAACACAAACAUCAGAUGAACUAUGAAUGCUGAACACAAUGAUCUCCUCCCUCCAGCGCCAGACAAUGAGAGGUCGUAGGCUGAAGGGGGCGCUGUCCAACCCCCUCUUUGUGCUGCUUUUGGCCCUUCAGAUCCUGGUGGUGGCUGGGCUUGUUCGCGCUCAGACCUGUCCUUCUGUUUGCUCAUGCAGUAACCAAUUCAGCAAAGUAAUAUGCACCCGCCGCAGUCUACGGGAUGUCCCAGAUGGCAUUUCUACCAACACUCGCUACCUGAACCUCCAGGACAACCUCAUCCAGGUGAUUAAGGUGGACAGUUUCAAACAUCUGCGCCAUCUGGAGAUCCUGCAGCUGAGCAAGAACCACAUCCGCAGCAUUGAAAUUGGCGCCUUCAAUGGGUUGGCCAGUCUAAAUACCUUGGAGCUCUUUGAUAAUCGGCUCACGACAAUCCCAAAUGGAGCAUUUGAGUACUUGUCCAAGCUUAAGGAAUUGUGGCUACGGAACAACCCCAUCGAAAGUAUACCAUCUUAUGCCUUCAACCGGGUGCCCUCGCUACGAAGGCUGGAUCUUGGUGAGCUCAAACGGCUCUCCUACAUUUCUGAAGGAGCCUUCAAGGACUUGAGCAACCUGCGCUACCUAAACCUGGGAAUGUGCAAUCUCAAGGAGAUCCCCAACAUAUUACCAUUGGUCAGGCUUGAAGAGCUAGAAAUGUCAGGAAACCAGAUCUCUGUUAUCAAGCCCAGCUCCUUUACAGGAUUAGUGAACCUCCAGAAGCUGUGGAUGAUGCAUGCCCAGAUCCAAACAAUCGAGAGGAAUUCCUUUGAUGACCUUCAGUCGAUGGUAGAGCUCAACCUGGCUCACAACAACCUUACCUUUCUACCACAUGACCUGUUCACACCGUUGCAUCGUCUGGAGCGGGUCCACCUUCAUCACAACCCUUGGAACUGCAACUGUGAUAUCUUGUGGCUCAGCUGGUGGUUGAAGGAGGCAGUACCUGCCAAUACCAGCUGCUGCGCCCGUUGCCAUACUCCUACGGCCUUUAAAGGUCGUUACAUCGGAGAAUUGGACCACAGCUACUUCCAGUGUGAUGUUCCUGUCAUCGUGGAGCCACCCAGUGACUUAAAUGUGACAGAAGGCAUGGGUGCAGAGCUUAAAUGUCGUACAAGCUCGUUGACAUCCAUCAGUUGGCUUACACCAAAUGGCUCGCUGGUGACACAUGGAGCUUAUAAGGUGCGUUUGUCUGUACUCAAUGACGGGACACUGAACUUUACUAGUGUCACAAUGCAGGACACUGGGACUUACACCUGCAUGGUUAGCAACACAGCAGGCAACAUUUCUGCGUCUGCUGUGCUGAAUGUCACUUCGGUGGAAAACAGCGGGGUCACCUAUUUUACCACAGUCACCGUGGAGACCAUUGAGACACCGGGGGAAGAUAGCCAAACACCACUUCCACCAUUUGGCUGGGUGUCAUCCUCAACAACAAAAGGUACUCCUGUUUCAACCAGGACAACAGAGCGGACUUACACCAUUCCAGUUCUUGACGUGGAUGGUGAGGGAGCCCUCAAUGGCCUGGAUGAGGUGAUGAAAACCACCAAGAUUAUCAUUGGCUGCUUCGUGGCCAUCACGCUCAUGGCUGCUGUUCUGCUGGUUAUUUUCUACAAGAUGAGGAAGCAGCAUAACCAGCAGGAUCCUGAUGGCCCUGCCUCCUCCAUGGAGGUCAUUACUGUUGAGGAAGAGCUUGCGGGUGUCGCUGCCAUGGAGAGACACCUAUCGCUGCCCCCUCUGGAGCACUACAACCACUACAACACCUACAAGAGCACUUACCAUCACCCUCCUAUGCUCAGUACCAUACACAGCUCAGCCACACAGGAACCUUUACUGAUUCAAGCCUGCUCAAAAGACAAUGUACAAGAGACCCAAAUCUGAUCUUGAAUUUGACUUAUCCAGUAUCAGCAGUUUCAUACUUGGAGUACAAUGGACCAAAACAUGACGAUAAAAGAUAUCAAAAUGACAUUGACUUGAAAGAGUUGAUGUCGAUAAAUCAGCAUUCGGUAAAGGGACGACAUAUGAUACUUUAACAAGUGUCUUUACAAAAACAAAGAUUAUUUAUUAAAAGUAUGUCUAGUGGCUAAAUGAAGAAAAACAAUUUGUGAUAGCUUUUUAGCUCAUUUUAUUUCUCUCUCUCUCUCUCUGUGUAAUACUGCACAAGGGAAAGAAUGGUUUACUAAAAGCGAAUAUAUGUAUCAAAUGCAGCUCAUGUGAACUGAGAAUUAAUCCAAUGCCGUUAUUUGAAUCAUUUGAUUUUACCUGAUAAGAACGCCUCCUGUUGAACGGCCCUGCAUUUAUAAGCAUUUAUUUGCUCGUUGUUCAGCAUACCAUGUCCAAUUUGGCGGAGGUUUAUAAGAGGCAAAACAUAAAAUGGGUUUAUUUUCAUUGCCAUCAUAGUUUAGCUGUCACUCAACGCAAAAUGAGAUCUUUUAAUGACACAGCUCUGGAUGAUAUCACAGUGAAGCCAGCAUGCCUAAGGAGCAAAACAGCCAAAUGAGUAAAUGUGCAUUUCCCCUGUGGCUCCUAAACAACAGCCAUACAUCCUUCACUUUAAUUAAGAUUAAGUUCAUGCUCCCACCCCUCCUCCAACCUUUUCUUACGACUUUUCCUUCCUUCUACCUUUUUCUGCCCUUAUUCUACCCUCUCCUCUCUCGCUGAAUUCUCCGCCAUCCCUCUCUUGGCCUCUCCCCGCUGUCCUCCCGCUCCUUUGAUUGUCUCUCUGUCACUUAGCUCAGGCACGUUCCUCACCCCUCGCCAUGUCUCAUUUGUUUCGCUUUAUCCGCCGGCAUGUGCCACACGACACAGAAUAUUGCAUGGGCAAAUGAAGGGGAGCAUAAGGCUGCGGUGUGUAGCCUCCCUGUUAACCCAGUAAUGAUCUACGUCCACUCAGUGUCGCGUUACCUUGCCAUCACCCCAGGGUCACACGAGCUUGGGUGCUGAUAGUCCAUCUGUUAUACAGAUAAAGAGGCAAAUGAGGCUGCUUUGUAAUGUAGUGUGACCCUGUCAGACAACACACAGACGGGGCUAACAUAGUCAGCGAGGCAGCUAGGAACCUGCAACAAAAUAAGGGGAGAUGGGUUAUAGCUCAUUAAUCUGUAUCAGCAGUUCAUUUGCAGACUAACAGAGGAAAGCUGAUAACAAAACAGCAUGAGACUUUUUCACUCUCCAUGUGCCCAACAUCUAACCGGGAAUAGAGGCCUUUGAUAUUGAAGCGACCCCUGCUCAGUCUCAUUUUUGUCAGAGGAAAAACACACGCACACACACUUUGAUGUUGCAUCAUUUAUAGACCAUCAGACAUUGUCUAUCCUGUAGUCUGUUUACGCUUUGCUUUUUCAUUUAGUCUUUCAAAGAGGAAGGCUUAAGGAAGGGGGAGGGCGGGGAUGAAAAGUGAAGAGAACAGUGGGUGGGGAGAGAGAGGGAGGCGGAGGCGGAGGGGAGGGGGGCACGAUGGUCAUGAGGGGUCUUCAAACAGAGAUAUUGCAGAUAUGAAGGGAGAGGAGUGAAAAAAAAAGAUAAGGCAUAAGGAGGCAAAACUAGCCAUCAGACUGUCGCCAUGGAAACAGUGACCUUGUGCAGAAAGUAAGAAGAGGUAGAUAUGCCUUUCGCUUUGGUCUCUGUGCAACAAGCAUAUUUUAAGUUCCCACCGGCCAUUUCAUAAAUGCGAAUGAUUAUAAACAAUCCUGGCAUAAUGGAAUGUAUUUUUUUUUUUUAAUGGUUUCGAUGGCGUUCCACCGAGUGUUACAAACGAGCGUUGGUAGCGUUAAUGAGUGAACCAUUCUUUCCCUUUUCCACUGUUUUCUUUUACAAUGCUGAAUUCCUUUUCAAUGCUUUUGGUGGCUUAAUGAUUCAAUGUUGAUGCUGGCUACAGUGAAAAAAAAAGAAAAAAAAAAAGGUUGAGAUUUUUUUUUUAUAUAUAUUUGGAGAUGAGGAUUGCGAGUUGUUCCGAAUGAAUGAAAUAUCUCCGUGUUGGUAUUUACAUGAGCAGGAUGGCUUUAUGUGGAGAGAGAUAUUUGAAUGCCAGAAUGAAAUUAAGACUGAGCUGCAGAAUGUUGGACUUGAAAUACCAGCAGAGUGAGCUUGAUUUUUGUGCAAAGACCUAAGCCAAGGUGAUCAAAUUCUUGUGUGUUAUUCUGCCAACUGUCUAUGUACGGGGAGGGUUACUGUAUGUGGGAAUAUUCUCUCUCAUUUUUGGAGAGAAUAAUCAUCAAAUGGUUAAAUUUCUACAAAAAAAAAAUAUUUUCAAAAACAUAAUGCAAAAAAAAAAAAUAUUCAGAUCAUAAUUUUACAUGUGCUUCAAUUGUUAAAAAAAAGACGAAAAAGCAAAACAAAAACAAGAAAAAAAAGGAAAAAAAAAACAAGAGACUGUGCUUGUCAGGAGUCCAACUAAUUUCUCUGAGGAUGAUGUUCAAUUAUUGAUACCUGAGAUUGUAGUUCAUACUGUACAUGAAUACAAAUAAAAAUUGCAAUUCUUUUUUUUCCAUUA